GUAGACAAACAGCAAGAAAGAUGUUCAAGAGUCUAGCCCUACUCGCUGUGCUGUUGGCCGUGGCCAGCGCCCAGCUCCACCGCGUGCCCGUGCACAAGGAGAAGAACUUUGUGAAGACACGUGGCAACAUUCUGGCCGAGAUCUCGCAUCUGCGUGCCAAGUACAAUCUGCCACAGGCUCGCGCCGUCGAGGAGGAGCUGAACAACUCGAUGAACAUGGCCUACUAUGGCGCCAUUACCAUCGGUACUCCUCCCCAGAGCUUUAAGGUGCUGUUCGAUUCGGGCUCCUCCAACCUGUGGGUGCCCUCCAACCAGUGCCCCAGCGACGCUUGCCAGACCCACAACCAGUACGACUCCAGCGCCUCCAGCAGCUACGUUGCCAACGGCCAGAGCUUCUCCAUUCAGUACGGCACCGGCUCUCUGACCGGCAUUCUGGCUGAGGAUACCGUCGAUGUCAAUGGCCUGACCAUUGCCAGCCAAACCUUUGCCGAGGCCACCAACGAGCCCGGCACCAACUUCAACAAUGCCAACUUCGAUGGUAUUCUGGGUAUGGCCUUCGAGCAGAUCGCUGUCGAUGGUGUUGCUCCUCCAUUCUACAACAUGGUCAACCAGGCUCUGGUCGACAAUCCAGUCUUCUCCUUCUAUCUGGCUCGUGCUGGCAGCUCCCAGGAGGGUGGCGAGCUCAUCUUCGGCGGCUCCGAUGCCUCCCUGUACUCCGGCGCUCUCACCUAUGUGCCCAUCUCCCAGGAGGGCUACUGGCAAUUCACCAUGGCCAGCGCCAGCGCUGAGGGUAACUCUCUGUGCGACAACUGCCAGGCUAUUGCCGAUACCGGCACCUCUCUGAUCGUUGCCCCCGCCAAUGCCUACGAGCUGUUGAACGAGAUCCUGAAUGUCGAUGAUGAGGGUCUGGUCGAUUGCUCCACUGUCAGCUCCAUGCCCACGAUUAACUUCAACAUUGGCGGCACCAACUUCCCCCUGGAGCCAUCCGCAUACAUCAUCCAAAUGAACGGCAACUGCCAGUCGAGCUUCCAGUACAUGGGCACCGAUUUCUGGAUCUUGGGCGAUGUCUUCAUUGGCCAAUACUACACCGAAUUCGAUUUGGGCAACACCCGCAUUGGCUUCGCUCCAGUCGCCUAAUCAGCUUCAUAGUUAAAAUAAAGCAACAAAAGCACUUCAGUUUAUAA